CUGCAGCCUGCUGUCUUCAGUACAUCACUCUGCUUUGUGUUUAUGGUGGGGAUGCACAUGCCUUUGGACCUGGGGAGUCAUUUACACGGGAGACGUUGGUGGUUUAACUGUCCUCAAGGCAGUAUGGGGAAGUAUAAAGGAUAUGAGUCAGGAGAACAUGACCUCUUGAAGUCUCUGCAGCUUGAUGCUGUGAAAAUUGGCAUAAUGUACUGUAGCUGGGAGGUGUGAAGAGGAGGAUGCGGAGGGGCUGACUCACAGUGGCAGUUGCUUCUCCAACAGGAACCAUUGUUGUAGAAGGCCAUGAGCUGCAUGAAGAGGACAUCCGCCUCAUGUACACCUUUGAUCAGAUGAUAGGAGGGACGACGCGAUAUGAAGCGCACUCGGAUGCCCAGGUUUUGGUUCUCUUAGAUGUCACCCCCGACCAGUCAAUGGUGGAUGAAGGAGUGGCUCGGGAGGUCAUCAAUCGCAUCCAGAAACUUCGCAAAAAGUGCAAUCUGGUUCCAACUGAUGAAAUAACAGUUUAUUAUAAAGCAAAGUCUGAAGGGAAGUAUCUGAAUAAUGUUAUCGAAAGCCACACAGAGUUCAUAUUUGCCACUAUAAAGGCUCCCUUGAAACCGUAUCCAGUUCCAAUGUCAGAUAAAGUCCUUAUUCAAGAAGAAAUGCAGUUAAAGGGUUCUGACCUGGAAAUUGCAAUCACCAGAGGAUCAUCCCUGCCUGGUCCUGCUUGUGCAUAUGUCAAUCUUAACAUCUGUACAAAUGGCAGCGAGCAAGAUUCAAGAAGCCGAGAGAACCCCAUACCCGAUAACCCAAAAACUCCAUUCACAUUGAGACAUGGCGUAGUCAGACUUCUGAAAGCUGAAGACAAAGAAGACAUCCUGAAAGCAGCGAGAGAGUAUGCCUCCCUAACCUACAGGGGAAAACAACUGGAACAGUAUUGGAUUUCUUGUCAGAAACUUUGGAGGCUAGAAGGCAGAAUGCUACAAGAGGAGUACUGUCGACCGAAAACUCUGUAUCAAGCAAAAUAUCUUUCAUGGUGAAGGGAAAAUCAAGACAUCCCUAAAUGAAGGGAGACUAAAAGAGUUCAUUGUUAGCAUGACUAAUUCUAAAAGAAUAGGUAGAGGAAAUUCUUAAAACAAAGAA